AUGAUCGCUGUCAGUGUCCUGCUCCUCUGUAUCUAUGCAGCUCUCCCUCCGGUCACUUAUGAGUGUGCCUCAAACGGUGUAUGCGGGUAUGGAGGCGGCUGCGCACCCCAACCCCAACAACAGUGCCAGUGUCCUUCACGAGGUGGAUAUCAGUGCGGUGCUUAUGGCUGCUAUAGAGCUCGAGUUCGCGGAUCGAAGAGCUUCCAACCAGUACAUUCACGUUCUCGAGCUUCAAAAGAGCGCGAAGAGGAGGAGCAGGCCGAGAUGGAUAGAGAGAUCUUGAAAGAAAGACUUCUCAGCUUCAAGCGCCUUCAUAACGAACCGCUCACAGAGAGUGAAGAGCUUGAACUUGUGUCAUCGUCUGUAGCUGAGAAUCGACGAAGCAGCAGUCCCAUUGAUCCUAACAAGGCCUUCUUGGACUGCUGCAUGGACAGGCAACUACCGGACGCGUGCCUCAACAAGUGCAAUUUCAGGACUUACACCAAAGAUGCGCUAAGCGCAAUGUACUUCAAGCAAGAUCCUUGUCCUCUUGCUGCAAUGAAGGAGAUGCAGUUUUGUGCCGCUCAAGGACGGGACCACACGGAAUGUUGCGCUCGUAACGGAGUUACUACCACACUUGCAGGCAUGAAAUGCCUUACAUUCUGUGACCAGCGAUUAGGAAGAACGACUCAAUUGGAUAUGACCUACGUGCCAUGCUUCGAUCGUUUCGAAAAUAUGAAAGCUUGCUUCUGGCAUGAUCUCACUCGUUUCACCAAAAAGAAGUAG